CUGUUGCCGCUGUGUGCGGUGCCCUCGGUCUCCCGACAUUCACGUACCUACCUGCCUACCGACCCCAGGCGCAGCAAAGCGAACAACGCUCGAACACGAAGUGAGCAACCCUCGAGAGCUACAAUGGCGAAGAAACGACGUCGCGAUCCAGACGACGCCGGUGGCAGCAGUUCUCGAGGCCCUCCCGUGGCUACCACCUCGGGCCGGCUCGGCGGUGGCGCUGGCGCGUCCGACGAUUGGCAGACCGCUCGGAGAUCUUGGGCGGCGAUAGCUGAGGUGCUCGGUCCGGCAGCGCGCGAGAAGCGGAUCUGGAUGCCCUUCUACUACGACGGAGCGUGCGCCGAGCACCUGCGUGAGCUCGGUUUCACGCGCGUGCACCACAAGCGGGAGGACUUCUUCGUGCAGGUGCGCAACCCAAAGUUCCUCAAAAAGGUUGAUCUGAUCCUCGACAACCCGCCCUACACCUCGCCAGAGAUGAAGGAGGCGGUGCUACGCGCGCUAGCCUCGACAGGCAAGCCGUUCGUCAUGCUGCUGCCCAUCUCGGUGCUGCACGUCGGCUUUGCGCGCGAGGUGCUGGACACGGACAAGCUGCAGGCAGUCGUGCCGCGGCGGGUGUACGUGCGCAAGACGGGCGGCGAGGAGGUGCCCUUCAAGUACCUCUGCUGGCUUUGUUGUGGCGUCCGGCUCAAGCGCGACCUGAUACUCAUCGACGACGAUGACGAUGCGGCGGCGGCGGACUGACAGAUUAACUUUGGCGUUUUGGCGACCGCGAGACAGUCAGAAGGAAGGAGUGGAGAGAUUUAACAGGACGUUCUAAAAGUA